AUGGGAUUCCCUCGACGCGCAUUCAAGAAAGACCCUAAGAAAAACGCAAGACCGAACCUCACGCUUCACGUUGGGCCGAGUUUGCCGCCAUUCAAGGCCCUUGCACUUCCUAAGCGAGGUCAACCAAAGCCGGUGAUUGUGUUUCCGGACCAUGUUCUCUCCCAGUUCUCUUCCCGACACAGAGGUCAACCCGGCCACGACGAUUCCGAGCCCGAGGACGACGCGGAGGGCGCUGAGGGAUCCACACCCCAAAGUGUUCGGUUCUCGUCGCCGAUAUUUUUCCCCCCCGAACCACAUCCAGAGGAAGAGCUGAAGAAGGCUCGGAAGGAGAAAUACAGGCAGAAGAAGCAGAGGCAACACGAUCGCUGGCGAGAAGUCACCAUACCAGAGCUUGAGGGACCAUAUAUGGACUACGUGCGGCGCGUGGCCAGCGCAGAGUGCGAGGAUCCGCCCUCGUCUGAGUGCAACUGUCAAGGGACCAAAAGCACGAUAUCGCUCCCAGUCGUCUUCUGGGAUCACAUUGAAGAUCGUGAAGUUGUGGUGUGCCCUUGCACCUCUAUCGCGCACCGUCUCAUUCUCGCUGGUCUCUUCCCCUCUGCUCCGCAGCGUCCUUCGUUAGCUAUCGACAUCAAGCUUCUCGAGCUGACACGAGUGCUGUUUCUUCAUGUGGCCCCUAACGUGACGGCUUGGACGUCCACGCUCGAGUAUUUCCUCGAGGAGAGCGGGCAGAAACUACAAACCAGGGAUUCCCUUCGGCGACGUUUCGGAAACGCGCUCAGGUGGUAUUCACACCUGGUGAAUCAAAAACGGUUGAUGGUGGGCAGACAUCUUCUGCAGGUACGCAAUACGAAACUGCUGGUCAUACAUAAUGCGCUCAACCUCGCGCCUCCAGCAUCCACAACACCCCACAGCUCUCCUACCUCAUGCCCUUGUCCCACCGAACGUGACACGAGCGACGUCUCUCAAAAUGACACGGCGGGUCGAUAUGCAGAAGGCAAUCGGCCAAGUUUAUACCUGCAAUCACGGUGCCCUCUGUGCUUUGGUGGACAAGGGGGGCAUGAUCCCUCGGCACCUGUCGAUGUAAUCGCUUGCCUUGACGCGUGUUUCACCCAGAAGAGACGCUCCGGUCCUCACGAUUCCGGACGUUUAUAUCCCAGGACUGUAUUCCUUUCGGACGCGGAGAUAUCGGCUAUGGAGGCGACUGUGGAACUCUUACGGCCCAGUAAACCCUCCCAAAACAAGCAUCCGCGCGGCUCCGACGCAGCGGAUAUCGACGAUAAGUGUGAAGGCCCGUUGAGGGUACCAAAUUCCGUUCUAGACGGCUGUGAGUCUUCUUUCAAGGCGGCGGACGAGCAACGAGAGAAAGCAAGCACCACGUUCUUCGACGACACCGGGCUGAUGGCAUUGCUUUGUCGCCAUGAUCGUGUAUUAUGGCUCGCGAAUAUGACUACGGCCGGCGAACGUCAGCACUAUUCAUUGGCACUUGUUGACAAAUUCUUUCAACAUCUCCCGUUGUCGUACAAUGUGGGCCUCCUCUACGAUAUAGGUUGUCAGCUUCACCGCAGCUGUCACAAGUGGAACUUCUUACCUGAAGUUCUGGACCGUAUCGUCUUCGCAAUAUCGGUGUUUCACGCGUAUGGUCAUCAAUGGCCAUGCCAGGUCAUAUAUCACCCACGGAAAUGCAUCGGAUUUGGCUUCUCCGAUGGUGAAGGCUGCGAGCGUUUCUGGAGUUGGUUGAGCCACCUCAUCCCGUGCUUGAGAGUUUGCUCGUCUGGUCUUCGAUACGACACGAUCGACGAACAGGUCUGUCAUCUAGACCGAAUUCAGCUCCUUUCAGCCGGGGAGUUACUUCACCGCAAGUAUAACGCCUGCCAGGAGCGUGCCGCUGAGGCUUACGAUGGCCUGGAGCGAUGUGCGGUGUCACUCAACGUUUUGCGCGCUCAGUGGGCCGCUCAACAGAAGGCUCAAACGAGGCCUAUUCCUCGUCAAGCCAAAAACGCUGGCAACAAGACUAUCGAUACUCUAUUGAAAAUGGAUGAACGGGUGCAUGCCCUCGAUGGCGCGAUACGCAAACUUGAUUCCGCCGUCGGAGCGAAUCCCGAUCUUCUCAUUAACAUCCAGGAACUUGAAGAGGACAGGACGCAAUUACGACAGCGCAUUCGGAAUGUAGAGUCGUUGCUGAACGUCCAAGAUAGGCUGCUCCUCCGGAGCAUGAAGAACAACAAGUACCUCACGCGUCGUGUCAAUGCAUUGGCCUUGAAGACACGUAUUCGAGAUCGCCUUCGGCAUCGGAAGUUCGAAUGGCGUAGAGUAGAAAGGGCGUUCAGGGUGCAGUCCUCCGAACGGAAGUUAGCUGUACAUGCCAGCAUGGCAAUUCACAGGCAUGAGCCAGGAAUACAGGCUCUCGCGCGUCGCUAUAACGCAUUAUGCUCUGAAAUCAGCGAGUUGAUCCGAAACGGACAGGCGCCAGCUCGCGCAGCGGCACCCAACCCUAUCGACCUGGAACAAUUAUGGGCCCUUGACGUUGACGACAAUAUAUGGCAGGAUACGGGCCUCUUUGAUGAGGAACGUACGGACGGAUCAAACACGCCGCCGCCGUGGCUGGCAGACGAGAAGGUCCGCGAGGGCAUACAACAUAUGCUCGCUCUUGAUCGUUGCCAAGAGGAGUUUGCGCGUCUCCGCAAAGAGCGGACGGCCCUUCAGGAAUGGCUUCGCGAGCGGUGGGCCGCGGUGACUGCCGCGCGGGAUACAGCGGUCAGUGCGGGUCUUCGAUACCAGUUGGAGCUUCGGCGUGUGGAGCUGCUCCGGCUCGCAGUGGAAUGGUCGCGUCGCGCAGGAGACAUUCCCGCUCUUGCUGAUCGGAGCGACGAUUGGGGACCUACCGCUGAAGAAAUGACUAGAGCGAGGACUUUUGAGUUCUCAUUUUCUACUGUUGAACCGAAUACCUUAGUGCAGCCGACGGUGGACAAUGAAGAUGAUGACGACUCGGACGACUUCGCCGACGACGACGAUGACGACGCCAUCAGCGACAACUUGGCAUCUUUAUACGAUCUUGUCGAAGAUUUGCAUGUGAACUCCCCUGAACACCACAAGUCGGACGCCUUCUUGACUGAUAUGUUACCUACGCCGUCCCGGGUGCAACAAAUCAACCGAUUGCCGUCGUCGUCACCUGGUCACGAUGCGGGUACGCAUUUCCCUCCGAUCGCUGCGCCGUGA